AUGAAGACCACCAACAACGAUAACCCCAAUCACAAUGACCACAUCCACUCCCUCCUCAAAUUUGAGUGGCUCGCCUCCCUCCUGGCAAAGCUCUCGGCCCUCACUCUCCGCGACUACUUCAUCAACCUGAGCGUCCUCAUAUGCAUCAUUGCGCUUUUCGCUCUGGCAUACCGAAUCGGCAGCAACACAAUGCGCUGCCAGCGAUGCCGAGUAGACCGGGCCGCUCAGCGCGAGGAACGGAAAGCUCGGAGGGCGUACAAAGCCGCUGCGAGGAGACAUCGAUGGAAGCAAUGGUGGGAGGGUAAGACCUCUUACUAUCAGUAUCAGUGCCAGGAUCGGGGGUUUAGCUAUGAUGAUGGGGCGGUUGUGAUGGGGUCUGUUCGUGUGCGGGAAAGGGAUGUGGAGAUGGGAAGGUUGUCUGGUGAUGAGGGUGAGGGUGUGUUUGCUGUGGCGGAUGCUCCUCUUCCUGUUACUAUGCAGGCGGAGAUACAUGGUUUCAGACAGGCGUUGGAGUAUGUGGGAGAGUUGGUGAGGGAAAGUGCACCGCCGCGGGCUAAGGUGGCAGUGGAUCAGGAAGUGGAUGGUUAUGAUGUGGAUGUGGGUGUGAAUGGGAAGGGUGGAAGUGGAGAGGAGUCGGAUACGGAGGCGUCGUCGACGGUCGGGUUGGCGACGGUUACUUUGUCGACGGGGACGAGUAGCUUGAAGAGCGUGGAUUGUAAGUCGUUGUCGGGGACAAUAGAUACCCUGGAUAGUAUGGGGUCGCCGCCGCCCAGCUAUCAUUCAUGA